CCUCAGUGGGGAGGGACGGACGGCGUGGCUGAGCCCUACAAAACCCGCCCUGGGCGGGCUGGCGAGGCGAGCUUCACAGCCAGGCUCCCCAACCCGCGUCGCGCAAGGGACGCGGUGUCCGCAGAGCCUGCGGGUCACUGGACACGCCCGGGCUCUGAGCGGGCGCCCACCAUGCGCCCCGGCACGGCGCCCAGGUCGCCCGCGCUGCUACUGCCGCUCCUGCUGGUGCUCCUGGCGGCGGCGCCCACGACAGGCAAGGGUUGUGUCUGUAAGGACAAAGGCCCGUGCUUCUGUGAUGGGAUCAAAGGGGAGAAGGGGGAGAAAGGCCUUCCCGGACCUGCUGGUUCUCCUGGCCAGAAGGGAUUCCCAGGUCCCGAAGGCUUGCCUGGACCACAGGGACCCAAGGGCUCACCAGGACUCCCAGGACUCACGGGUCCCAAAGGUGUGAGGGGAAUAACUGGAUUGCCGGGAUUUUCAGGUCCUCCUGGACUUCCAGGCACCCCUGGCCAUCCUGGGCCUUAUGGACCUGCUGGUGUCCCAGGAUGCAAUGGGCCUAAGGGUGAGCAAGGGUUUCCAGGCCUUCCGGGGACACCAGGCUACCCGGGGAUCCCAGGUGCUGUUGGUUUGAAAGGAGAAAAGGGUGCUCCUGCUGCAGAAGCUAUAGACCUUGAUGGAAGAGGUGACCCUGGGUUGCCAGGAGCUCCGGGAUCCCAGGGUUUGCCAGGCCUUCCAGGCUUUCCAGGACCUGUUGGUCCACCUGGCCCUCCAGGAUUCUCUGGCUUUCCAGGAACCAUGGGACCUCCAGGACCUAAGGGUCACAUGGGCGAUAAAGUGAUAGGACAAAAAGGAGAGCGGGGUGUGAAAGGAUUAACAGGACCCCCCGGACCACCAGGAACGGUUAUUGUGACGCUAACAGGCCCAGAUAACAGAACGGACCUCAAGGGGGAGAAGGGAGACAAGGGAGCCCUGGGGAAAUCCGGACCUCCUGGACCCUCAGGACCACCUGGAGAAUCUUAUGGAUCUCAAAAAGGUGCUCCUGGAGAACCUGGCCCGCAGGGAAAACCUGGCGAAGAUGGUGCCCCUGGUUUCCCUGGCACUGAGGGAUCCAAAGGCAACAGGGGCUUCCCUGGGUUACGGGGUAAAGACGGCAUUAAGGGGUGGAAAGGGGACAUUGGCCCUCCAGGAUUUCGUGGUCCAACAGAAUAUUAUGAUUCAUACCAGGAAAAGGGAGAUGAAGGACUUCCAGGCCCACCAGGGCCCAAAGGAGCUCGUGGCCCACAGGGUCCCAGCGGCUCCCCUGGGGUUCCCGGAAGUGCUGGGUCAUUGAGGCUUGGCCCCAGAGGAGCCCCUGGAUCUCCAGGAGUGAAAGGAAGUAAAGGGGAACGAGGGCCCCCAGGAAAGAAUGCAGUGGGGCCUCCUGGGUCCCCAGGUUGUCCUGGUUCACCAGGCCCUAUAGGACUGCCAGGAUAUCCAGGACCACCAGGUGACAUCAUCUUUCGCAAAGGUCCACCUGGAGAUGGCGGACUCCCAGGCCUUGUAGGGUUUCCAGGAAUCCCAGGAGCCGAUGGGCCCAAAGGGGAACCUGGCCUUUUGUGCAUACAAUGUCCUUGUGUCCCAGGGCCCGUGGGUCCCCCAGGACUGCCAGGGUUGGAUGGCAUAAAAGGAGUCCCAGGAGGACAAGGGCCAUCUGGCAUUAAAGGAAGCCCCGGGUCCCCAGGAAGUACGGGUCUUCCAGGAUUUCCAGGAUUCCCGGGUGCUCCGGGGGAUCCAGGACUUACCGGAGAAAAAGGUGGAGCGUCUCCGCCUGAGGGAGAAGCGGGUGCCCCAGGGGACCCCGGGCCCAGAGGGCAUCCUGGAAGAAGGGGCCUGGAUGGAACUCCUGGAACUCCCGGGGUCAAAGGGUCGCCAGGGCCCAAAGGUGAACUGGCCCUGAGUGGUGAGAAGGGGGAUCAGGGUCCUCCAGGGUAUCCUGGCAACCCUGGGUCCCCAGGACCUGCAGGACCACCUGGACCAUCAAACUAUGGACCACAGGGAGAGCCUGGUCCAAAGGGCACCCAAGGAGUUCCUGGAGCCCCUGGACCACCUGGAGAAGCCGGUCCUAGGGGAGAAUUCGUUAUUUCGACACCAGUCCCAGGGCCCCCAGGACCUCCAGGGCCCCCUGGCCGUGCUGGCCCCCAAGGUCCACCUGGUGUCCCUGGAUCCAUAGGAAAAUGUGUUGAUCCAGGUCUUCCUGGGCCUGCUGGCGAACCAGGAAUUCCAGGAAUCGGCUUCCCUGGGCCCCCUGGACCUAAGGGAGAGCAAGGUUUUCCAGGAGCAAAAGGAGCACCGGGUUGUCCAGGAGAAAUGGGGAAGCCCGGGUCACCUGGAGAACCGGGUCUCCCAGGAGCCAAGGGAGAACCAGGAGUAGCCAUGCCUGGAGAACCAGGAACACCAGGUUUUCCAGGAGAAAGAGGCGCUUCUGGGGAAAAUGGAGAAAUUGGACUCCCUGGACCUCCAGGUCUCCCUGGGAUUCCAGGAACUGGAGGGCUUGAUGGACCCCAAGGGGAUCCAGGGAAGCCUGGACCACCUGGAGAAAAAGGACCCCCAGGAAGGUGCACGGAGGGUCCCAGGGGGGCCCAAGGACUUCCAGGAUUAAAUGGGUUGGAAGGACAACAAGGCAGAAGAGGUGAAACAGGGCCAAAGGGAGACCCAGGUAUUCCAGGCUUGGAUAGGUCAGGCUUUCCUGGAGAACCUGGACCACCAGGGAUGCCAGGUCAUCGAGGUGAAAUGGGGCCACCUGGUCAAAAAGGAUAUCCAGGAAAUCCAGGAUUUUUUGGACUACCAGGUGAAAAAGGAAUGAUGGGGAUGAUGGGCUAUCCGGGAAACACUGGCCCUCCUGGGCCCCCCGGAAACCCAGGCACCCCAGGACAGAGGGGUAGCUUUGGAAUUCCAGGAGCAAAGGGUGAGAAAGGGCCCCCAGGAGCCAAGGGGGAAGAAGGAGAUAAAGGACCUCGGGGGCCUUCUCAAAUAUCCAAUUUACUGGGGGACAAAGGAGAACCAGGCCUCAAAGGAUCUGCUGGAAAGCCUGGUGAGAAAGGAAACAGAGGCAUUCCAGGGUUACCAGGUUUAAAAGGACUGGAAGGACCACCUGGACCACCAGGUCCACCAGGCCUCAGGGGAGAUCCAGGCAGCACUGGGAAUCCUGGGGAACCAGGACUGCAUGGCGGGCCAGGAAGCAUGGGGAACAUGGGGGUGCCAGGUCCUAAAGGACAAAGGGGAACUUUGGGACCACCAGGUUUAACUGGAAGGACGGGUCUCCCAGGUGUUCACGGUCUCCAAGGAGAUAAGGGAGAGCCAGGUUAUUCGGCAGGUACAAGGCCAGGACCACCAGGACCAAAGGGAGAUCCAGGAUUGCCAGGUGACACGGGAAGGAAAGGAGAGCGAGGGCUCCCUGGCACCCCUGGACAUUCGGGCCCUACUGGAACUGAGGGAGCCCCUGGACAUCCCGGAAGUCCUGGCCAUCCAGGCAAGCCGGGCCCUGAUGGUGAUUUGGGGUUAAAAGGCAUCAAAGGCUUCCUUGGUUCUCCGGGAGUCAAAGGCCCUCCAGGACCUCCAGGAUUUCUAGGAUCUCCUGGACCAAUGGGUAUGAGAGGCAGCCAGGGACAUGAUGGAAUUCCUGGUCCAGCGGGAGAAAAGGGAGAAACAGGUUUGCUGGGGGCACAUCCAGGCCCGAGAGGGAGCCCUGGUGCUCCAGGAGCCAAAGGAGACAGGGGCGCCCCGGGCUUACCUGGCCUCCCGGGCAGGAAAGGGGCAGUGGGAGAUGCGGGGCCACAGGGACCCCCUGGCGUGACAGGACUCCCAGGGCCACCAGGUUUUCCUGGCGCAAUCAUCCCUGGCCAGAAAGGAAAUCGAGGCCCACCAGGCUUCAGAGGAAACCCAGGUGAGCCUGGUCCUCCGGGACCUCCAGGGAGCCACGUAAGAGGCAUCAAAGGAGACAAGGGACUCAUGGGCGAGCCUGGCCCCAGGGGUCUGCCCGGAACUGUAGGAGCCGAGGGGCCACCGGGUCCGCCGGGAGCACCAGGAAGCCCAGGUCUGCCAGGGCUCAGAGGUGAUCCUGGAUUCCAUGGAUUUCCAGGUGUGAAAGGGGAGAAGGGUAAUCCGGGAUUUCUAGGACCAGCUGGACCUCCAGGGCAAAUUGGGCCAAAAGGACCACCUGGUGUACGUGGAGACCCUGGCACCAUUAAGAUCAUCUCCCUUCCAGGAAGCCCAGGGCCACCUGGUCGUGCUGGAGGACCAGGAAUGCAAGGAGAACCUGGGCCACCGGGGCCACCAGGAAUCCUAGGACCCUGUGGGCCAAGAGGUAAACCAGGCAAGGAUGGAAGACCAGGAACUCCUGGGCCAAUUGGAGAAAAAGGAAACAAAGGUUGUAAAGGAGAGCAAGGACCACCUGGAUCAGAUGGACUGCCAGGCUUGAAGGGGAAACCUGGACACAUUGGACCACCUGCAACUGUGACAAUGAUGAGAGGCUUUAUCUUCACCAGGCAUAGUCAGACCACAGCGAUUCCCUCCUGUCCAGAAGGGACAGAGCCGCUCUAUAGUGGGUUUUCUCUUCUCUUUGUACAAGGAAAUGAACAAGCCCAUGGACAAGACCUGGGAACUCUUGGCAGCUGUCUGCAGCGGUUUACCACAAUGCCAUUCUUGUUCUGUAACAUCAAUGAUGUAUGUAAUUUUGCAUCUCGAAAUGAUUAUUCAUACUGGCUGUCAACUCCAGCUCUGAUGCCGACCGACAUGGCUCCAAUUACUGGCAGGGCCUUAGAGCCUUAUAUUAGCAGAUGCACUGUCUGUGAAGGUCCUACGAAUGCCAUAGCCAUUCACAGCCAAACCACUGACAUUCCCUCAUGUCCCAAUGGCUGGAUUUCUCUCUGGAAAGGAUUUUCAUUUAUCAUGUUCACAAGUGCGGGUUCUGAGGGCGCUGGGCAAGCACUGGCCUCCCCUGGCUCUUGCUUGGAAGAAUUCCGAGCCAGUCCAUUUAUAGAAUGUCAUGGAAGAGGAGCGUGCAACUACUAUUCAAAUUCCUACAGUUUCUGGUUGGCUUCAUUAAACCCCCAAAGAAUGUUCAGAAAACCUAUUCCAUCAACUGUGAAAGCUGGGGAGUUAGAAAAGAUAAUAAGUCGCUGUCGGGUGUGCAUGAAGAGAAGACAAUGAAGAAAUCAAAAGAAAAACAGAACUGUUAUUUUUCGUCCUAAAUAACCAAGUAAUGAUGCAGAAUAUACACUUAUUUAGGUAUUUUUCUCUAACCAAACGAUAUGGUUCUGUGAUGACUUAGUACAAAGUUUCUAUUUGUUUCUCCACACAACAAAGCAUUUCUUUUAAGUCAGUUCUGCCAUUCUGGUAUCUAAAUCUGUGCUCUUGAAAAGUUUCCUAUGGCAAGGCAGCAGACUUUUCAAAAAGAUACCACUGACAUCCUAUGCCACUUGUAUCCAUUGCAUGAUCUCAAUGGCAACUGUAUAAAGUCUCACAAUACAAGUUAAGAGCUAUUUGGUCCACUGGAUUCCCAAGAUUUGCCCCUUCUAUUCCAGUCUUUGAAACUAGGGGAGGCUAAAUUGCUUUUAGACUGUGCCACCACCCCCUUUAGCCCCUGAGACUGGAUGGAGAUGGGGUCAGGUGGAGUGAUGGUGCCUCGUUCACUGGACUGGACUUUCAGAGCUGUUCAGUAACCUGAGGCCUGAGGAAACCAGAACUGAACUAAGGUUCAUGGUUAUUCUAGGGCUCUUUCAAGUGUACCCAAGACUAAGGCCAAAAGAGGGUUUCCCUGAAUGGUUUUGUUCAUAUUUUUUAAAAGAUUUUUUGCUUGUCCAUUGAAUUCAUUUCACUGCAGCGAUGUAACUUGCUUGCAUUCAAAUUUUUACCCUUAAUGAAUUAAUUUUAGUGGGAUGAUGUUACACACAUACUCUGAAAUGUAUCUUCUUUUUUUUUUUUUUACCAGUUCACCCACCCAAAAAACAAGGAUACUACUUAUUAGAUAGGUACUUUAUCCCCAUCCCUAUAAAUGUUGAGAAAACCUAAGACAUUUGCUGGCUAAUCAGGCUCAAAAUAUUUUUCCUUUGCUGUGAUCCAUUCAUAUUCCGUGUAACAUGGGUAUUUCCAUAUUUAUUCCCUGACUACUUCUCUAAUUCUUCUUUUGUAAAAAAAUGUGUUUUAUAUUACAUAGUCUCACCAACCAUGUUGAAAGAGUCCUGUAAAAAUCUUAAUGCACAAAUUGUAUAGUUUUGCAGAUACGGGUCUUAAGACUUGCUUUUCAGUGUGUUGAUACAUUCCCAAGGUUACUUAGUUCAACUGAACAAGAUUUCAUUUAGCACCAAGCCAUGCCCCAGGCACAGUGCUAAAUUACAGAUAGGAAGGGGGGUGGGGAAAGAGACUAAUGUUUCUGACUGAUAUCCCAGAAAAGGUAGCUAACUUAUGUUGCUGUUAAGACUCCCACAUAUCUGAGCUGGCUUUUUCCCCCCUUUUCUUCCUUUGUCACUGUUUUUAUAUUCCAUCAUCAUCAUCCAGUAGGCCUCAAUAAAGGUUUACAAAAAGAUCUCUGCCCACGGAAAGCCCAGGACAUCUAGCUCCUCUUAGGCAUCACAGAAGUCAAGGUAGGAACAACGUUAAGAAAACAAAGAUCUGCAAGACACUAAGAACCACUUGAACUUGAUGGUAGCGCUAUUUGAUGGAUCUCAGAGGCCAGGUAUCCUGAGGCAAAGCUCUGAAGAUGCUUCCUAAUCCACCCAGGUGGUGCUGGUGGUGCUGUUUAAAUUCAGGUUAUUGCUUCAGUCUCAGUUGCUCUGUAAAUGAAGAUGAAGGUGGGACCCCAGUGGACAGCACAGACUAUGACCUCAGUUCCCACCCUUCACUGUUCAGGUGACUGCUGUCAAGCCAUUUUUACAUUUAAACAUUAUAAAGGGCAUUUUACUUAGCUUAUUUACUUAGACUCACCUAAUACUAAGGCUUUUUUGCUCUAAAAAUAUCCUCCUGUCCCAGUUGUACCAUAAUGGCAUAUAGGGGCUGAUGGCCACAAACCCUCUAUAGGACAAAAGUUCCCAAAGUGUGGUCCCUGGACCAGCUGCAUUAGCAGCCUCUGGCAACUUGCUACAAAUGCAAAUUUUAGGGUUGACCUCAGACCUACCGAUACAGAAACUCUAAGGGGUAAAGCCCAGAAAUCUGCAUUUUCAUAAGCCCUCCAGGUGAUUUCCGACACACUCAAAAUUAAGAACAAAGUGCUGUAGGUAAACAGGCAAGAAACGACUCUACAGGCAGUUACGAGGUACAGCUGGCCAUAAUUGUUCCAUUUGUGCCUCCCUUUAAAGUCCAAAAUCACAAACGACCCUAAGAUUGUCUAAUUUUACUAAUAUGUAAAAGCCCUAGAUUGGUACUAAUGCCAAAUUACUGGCCUCUGCUUAUCCAAGCCUCCGUGUUCUCUUGCCCUCUCAGCAGUGUUUAACUUCUGAGGAAGCCAGGUGAUGCUAAAGCCUUACAUUCCAAUGAAGCCAUAUUAACAGUUGCUCAGUAAUACCUUUGAGACUGAGCCUUAAAACACGGCUCUCAUGCAUUACUUUCCAGAUGCCUAUGAGUAGCUUAUAAUGUUAUGAAGACUUAACUUUGUAGAUAAAAUGUAAAUAACUUGUUUCUUUUCAAAUUGGGGCUUCAACUUUUGAAUUUCACAGUGUACUAAAAUAAUGGAUUUCUCAGCAGUCUCUCUUUUUGCAAGGUAAACAUUAUUAACUUAUUUAUAAAAGUAUUACAAUAAUGCUGAAUUUGAAUUUUAUUGCUAAUUUAACUUACAAAGAUUUUUCUAUGCAGCAAAUGUAACUUACUGCAACUAAACUUAAUUUAAUGUUUACUCUAUAACCAAAUGAAAUAUAUUUAAAAUAUAUUGAAUAUUUUAUAUUAUAUCCUGACAUUACAAUAUUGUAAUGUACUAAUAUUUCUGUAAUUAUAGCUAAAAUUAUUUUAUUGUAUUGUCUAAAAAUAAAAUU